AUGGACUGGCCUGUUCAAAUGGUUGGUAUCAGCACCACUUUGGUAGUGGUCAGUGAUCCUAGAGAAGGGCGAAAUAUUGGCCCAUCUGGGGUACUACUUGUGCAGGCAAUGUGGACUUCCUACCUUAUGAUCUAUAACAUAGGAUUGAAUUAUGAAGUAUUAUCCUAUAAUAAUACUCGUAGCUACCUCAAGUGGUCUCUGGUAUAUGCAUUUUCUCUAGAAGGAUUGAUGGUUAUCCCACCAUUUGCUCUCACAUUUGCAAAGCUACUUUUCAAGUGUUCUGCAUGGUACAAGGCCAGAAAAUCAUUAGCAAUUGGAUGCAAUCCUCGUCUUAUUGUUGGAUACAUGGAGCAGCUACAAGAUAAUUAUCAGGACAUGCCUCCUCCACUAAUAGUUAUGGGCGAAGACACAUUAUCUGUGGAUAAGCAGCCUCAUGGUUAUAGCUUCGCACUGAUGCCCAAUACAUGCGGCUUAGUGACCCUUGACAAAGUUUGGCAGCUGGAUGACCUGCGUGAUCUCAAUUUGACGUCACCGCUCAAAGAUAUAUGCCUCUCAUUUGCACUGUCCAAGCUUUUAAGGUGUCGGUUCGCCAGGUACACAAAUGCUGAGAUUGGCUUCACCAAAGCUUCUAACUUUUUACGGCAUAUGUUACUUGAGGACAGCGAUGAUGAGAGGUUACUUCGACUGGUUGAAUCUGAGCUUUCUUUUCUUCAUGAUUUUUAUUAUUCAUCCCUGGCAAUCACAUAUUCGAAGAGCUGGAUGCCCAUACUGAGCAUAUUAAUUUCACUCUCAGGCAUUGGUUCUUGCUUAGUUUUAGUAUAUCUUCAGUUUGCUUAUGGGAAUAACACAUCAACGCUGAUAUAUUGCAUCUAUCAAUGCCUUUAUCGGACUGGAGAACUGCGAGGCAGAGGCAGUACAGUCGUAGCAGACGGUCAGCACUUUGGAAAUGCAACAUUUGACCUUGUACAGGUGGCUGUACUUAUUGCACUGGCUGUCCUUGCUGAGAUAAGAGAGAUUGCUUCUUACAUUUGCUCUAACUGGACAAAAGUGGCCCUAAUUUGCCGCCACAUAAACCAUCCUUCUUUGCAGAAAUCUCCUAUCAUCCAGAAAUGUAUUAGGCAUGUUUUGCAGCGUAGAUGCAAGAUAUUAAAGCAUUGGGAGGACAAGAUGAACCAAUGUUCAAUACUGGUGCUCCACCCAAGGACGACUCCAAUCGGGCUGCUUCGUCGUCUUAAACCUGGUCAGAAGGUCAAGGUGCCAAGAGAUGUGAAGGCUGCUAUCCUGAAUGCACUGAGAAGCUACGAGAGAAGCCGAGACAAUAACCACAUGCCAUCUCUGUGCACAAGGCCGCAGUUGAAGACCGGUGACAACCUCCUUUGGGUGGUCGAUGGCACAAAAGGUAUAGCCAGUACCAUUCUUGUGUGCCACAUCGCCACAAGCAUUCUUGAACUCAGGUCAGCUGGAUCAUGUCAACCUCCCUCUGACCAUAAGACCGCUGCCAUUCACCUGUCCCGGUACUGCGCCUACUUGGUGGCCAACUCUCCUGAGCUGCUUCCAGAAGACGACGAGUGGUGCAAGAGCUUGUACAAGACCGUGAAGAAGAAGGCCGAACACAUCCUCGCCGGCAUGUCAAGACCUGAAGUGGAGUAUCAACAGCUGGUGGAGCUGAUGAGCGCCUCACAGAAUCAUGAGGUGCUCAAGGAUGGUGCCAAGCUCGGACAAGAGUUGGUAGAGCUGAACCAAGGAGAGACCAACAUGGCAUCGGAGCUCCUCGCCAGCUUUUGGCCAGAGAUGAUGCUGUACAUCGCUCCCUCAGAAAACAUUGACGGUCACUCAGAGGCCAUUGCCCGCGGUGGCGAGCUUAUAACGCUCAUAUGGGCAUUGCUCGCACACCUGGGGAUUUUCAGUAGAGCCGGCGACCCAGCCAGCAUCGCCGUUGAAGUUGUGUAG